AUGAAGAAAUGCAGAUAGAGCAUGGAGAGAAACACUGACAGAGAUUUCCAGACACAACGGAGCCAGAAGGGUAUGAAUGCCCUUGACCGAAAUCCAGACGAUGGAUUGCUGGUUACACAUGUUAACCAGACCCAGGAUUUACUGAGGCUGCAGGGAAGUGAGACUCAAGCUUCAGCUUUGGAAGAUUCUGAAGACUGGCUUUCAACUCACAGUUUAAAGUUUGAGAAACUUACAUUAGCUGACCUGAUAAGCCAGGGCACAGCUGUGCUGGAGGAGCAUGACAAUGUCUUGCGGAAAAUGCAUUUCUCUACCCAGACUAUCCACCACUUUGAAUCAAAGCUUUCGAAUACUAUUGAACUCUAUCAGCAGAGAAUGCAGUGGCUCACAGAAAACAGCAAAAAGGCAUUUGGCCUCAUCAAAGGAACCAGAGUGGGCAUCCUCGUUGAUGUGUCCAGGGUCAGCAGUGGCCCUCAAAAAGAGGAAUUCCAAAAUGACCUCAUAAGCCUUAUUGAUGAGCAGCUGAGCCUCAAGGAGAAGCUGUAUGUCCUGUCCUUUGGUGUCACCACCUCGGCCCUCUGGCCAGACCCGGUGGAAGUCAGCACCUCCGUCCUCCAGGAAUUCAAGCUCUGGGUAAAGAAACUUCAGCCUGAGGGAGGCAGUAAUCUGCUACAAGCCCUGAAGAAAGUCUUCACUCUGAAGGAACUGAAUUCUCUGGUGACCAUAUUGAGAAGCUGCCCAGAUCAGCCUUCUGAAGUCCUGUCUGAUUACAUCCAGCAGUCUACUGUGGGACGGGACCUCUUCAUCCAUGUCACCACCUACAAAUGUGAUGACCAUAUGCCCUCUGCUGUCCUGAAGAAUCUCACAGAAGCACUUGAGGGGUAUUACCACUGCUACAGCCCAGAAUCAGAGCUCUAUAUUAAUAGGGAUGUGGAUGAGCUCCUGGCAGAAAUCCAGAAGGCCCAGAGCCUCCUUGACCAGGUGCAAGCCCUGAACCAGAGCACACGGUGUGAGGAGCUAGCCUGCACCAUCAAGGAAGUCUCCACAGAGAUUGCCAAAGGGCCAUUUCCAAGUCUCUUGCCUAAACCCCCAAAGCAUGACGCUCCUCUGACAAUCGAGUUCCCAGACUUGGACAGGACUUCGGCAGAAUGGCUCAAGACCAAUGGUCUCAAAGCCAAGAAAUUAAGCCUUUAUCAGGUUCUGGCACCCAACGCCUUCUCUCCUGUGGAAGAAUUUGUGCCCAUUCUCCAGAAAACAGUAUCAUCUACUGUCCAUAAGAAGGCAAUGAUACAAUUUGAAUGGCACGAUGGGACAGUGAAGAAUGUACAUGUGGACCUGCCCUUCCUCUAUGAAUACCAGAAGCAGCUUGGGAAAGCUGUGCAGAUGUAUGAGAGGCGGAUCCAGAGGCUCUCCCUGGGCAGCAGAAGAAUCUGGGGUACUGUCUGUGAAAGAAGGGUGGUUAUACUGCUGGAUAUCUCAAUGACCAAUUCCAUGUACAUUAUUCAUAUCCAGCACUCACUGCGACUGCUGCUGGAGGAGCAGAUGUCCAACAAAGACCACUUCAACCUCAUCGCGUUUGGAAGCACAAUUGAAAGCUGGAGGCCUGAGAUGGUUCCUGUGAAUCACACCAACUUACAAAGUGCCUGGCGGUGGGCCCUGAGCCUGCGAUGUGAAGGCAGCAGAAAUGUCCUCAGCGCUCUGCGGAAGGCCAUGGAAGUGGACUUCAAGGACAAGGACAAACACGAGUCUCAGGGCAUCUACCUCUUCACAGGGGGUGUUCCUGACCAGGAUGUGCCCACACUCAGCGCCUACGUGGCCGAAGCCUGUGGGGGCUGCGCUCUCCAGCUGCACGUGUGUCUCUUCUAUGUGGGUGAGCCACAGAUGAACACCACGCCCCCCGCCUGCUAUGCCAGCCGCACUGACACAGCCACUGCCUACAAAGAGGUCACCCGAGCUGCCAGGGGCCGCUUUCACUGGUUUGGAGAAGCAGGUAUUUAUGAGAGUGAUGACAUUAAUGCUAUCGUAUCAGAGAUGGAAAGGGCCCUCAACUACUCCCAGAAGUGUGCCUUCCUUGUGGCCUCCUUGAAGAACCAGUCGAGAAAAGAACUGGAAAGUAUGGCUGAAGGGGGAGACAAGUCAAAGAUGCUCAAGCAAAGUCAACCCAAGAAAUUCUGUCCUCCCAAGGCCACAGCCCCCUCGGUGACCAGAAUGAACAUUAAAGAUGGCAAAGAUGGAGAAAAGAGCCCACAACUGAAACCUCUGAAAUGGCAUCCCCUCAGUGCGGCUGCCCAACCUGAGAAAGAAGGAAUGGUGGAACAGAGGAAGAAGGCCAAGCCCAGGACGACAGAUACAGCUCUAUCUCUUUUCUACACAGAGUCAGGGAAUAACGUGGGUGCUGUGUACAAGAAGUACCCUCAAGGAAGGACUGUGAGAAGGAUCAACUGCUCUAUUGAGCUGCCCAAGAAGGAUACUGUGUGCUCAAGUCAAGAGUGGAUAACAAAUUAUGGGCUGAAAAAACUGAAGAUGGGUCUCUCCAGCUGCCUGGGUCCCAAAUGUAGACAUCAAAAGUCAGCACGGGGAUCAGCAUCAGCCAAACACUGCACGAUCUUUCCCAGUAUAGAGAUCAACGGAGUGAUGAGACACAUCCAGUGGACACUGUGGGAGAUGGAGUCGUAUAUCACGUGCAUGGAGAGGGUGAUGAGGUGCUAUGUGCAGAGGCUGCAGUGGCUGUUGUCUGGAAGCCGCCGGCUGUUUGGCACCAUCUUGGAGAGCAAAGUGUGUGUCUUGCUGGACACAUCGGGCUCUGUGGGGCCCUACUUGCAGCAGAUGAAGACAGAGCUGGUUCUGCUGAUCUGGGAGCAGUUGCGGGAGCACUGUGACAGCUUUAACCUGCUCAGCUUUGCAAAGGGCCUGAAGCCAUGGCGUGACACUUUGGUGCAGAACACAGAUGCAGUAUGUCAUGAGGCUAUGCAAUGGGUGGCCCAGCUGCAAGCUCAGGGGACUACCUCAGUCUUACCAGCAUUAAUGAAAGCCUUCAGCUUUCAGGACGUGCAAGGACUGUACCUCCUGACCGAUGGGAAGCCAGACACAAGCUGCAACCUGGUUCUCAGCACUGUCCUGAAGCUCCAGAAGAAUAGAGACGUGAAGGUGCAUACCAUCUCCCUGACCAGCACAGACAGCACAGCAGCCGAGUUCCUGAGGAAGCUGGCUUCUCUCACUGGGGGACGUUACCACUGCCCAGUUGAUGAAGACACCCUGAGCGGAAUUCACGGCCUGCUUACCAGAGGUUUCAUCGAGGAAAAGGAUCCCAUGCUGCCACUGUUUGAAGGUGAUGACUUAAGGAUACUGGCCCAGGAGAUCACCAAGUCUAGAAGCCUCCUCAAGAAAGCCCAGGACUUCAGAUCACAGCUCCAGAAGAAAAACACUCUGGAACCAGAGGUCACUCUUUUCUAGAACAUGUUCUCAGCCUCCCGAGGUCUACCUCACUCUCCUGCCCAGUCCACCAACACCCUACACUGCAGCUACGAGGUUGUCACUCACUGGGAAGUCCGGAGUCAAGCUCCUUGCCUUGGGACAUCUUUCUUGCCAUCCUCUGCCUAGUGACUCCUGUUCAUCCAUCAAGACACAGCUCAGAUGACAUCAGCUCUACUGUGAAGAUGCCCCCGGGAUCCUUCCAGAGCUGGGAACCUUCAGGCACAUCUGGAAGCUUCUGGCCUUCUCUGGUAGCAUCCUGACCAGCCAUGCCUCUUGUGGCAUUCAGCACAUGCAGCCACGAUGCCCUGCUUGAUGUUCUAACUCUUCUUGAUCAUGACUCCCCCAGGAGACUGCUGUCUUAACUAUCCAUGAGUCCCCAGAACCUACCACAUCACAGACACGUGGUAAGCAGUGAGCACUCAGCUGAGUGUGGGAAGCCAGUUCUGGAUAGCAGCCAAAUGAGGACCACCACACUGGUCCACAGGCCACAGCAGUCAUUGGCAGCGCAGCCUUGGGGGAAAAAACAGUCAAACUUCAUCACCACCCUAAUCCCUGCUAAGCGAACUGAACCAAAGACUACUCUGGAACUCAGUCUAGAAUGAAUGCUCUGCCCAAGCCUCUUCAUCUUUUGGACCUAGCCCUACUGUAAAUGAAUAGAGGUGUCAUGUCAUCUGGGAUCAUUUCCUAAAAUGUAAAAAUGACUUUUAUUUCAUUGAAUCAAAAUGACUUUAAAUGCUUGAUCACUGUUGGUGGGGGAGGGAGAGUAAAUUGUAAAUUCUGAGCGAGCUAAAAUGUUAUUAAUAGACUCAUAUCUAGCUGAGUGUGAUGGUACAUGCCUGUAAUCCCAGCACUCAGGAGACAGAAUCAGGU